UAGUGAUGAUGUAGCUUUAUUACGUGAUGAUUUUGUUCUCAAAUACCAAAGCCUGGUAAGCCGCUCUAGACGGUCCCAACACGAAUGUGCAAAUCUUGACGGUUUUGUUUCUUAUGUGCGCAAGAGAGGUGAAGCUUUGAAAAGUCUAACGCUUCAUGAUGUGGUGUUUCAUCGAGAUAUGAGUCACAUGUUCGCUGCACUUGUCACUCUGCAAGAUCUCACAUUAGUUUUUGAAAAGGAGCAUAUACAAGAUUGUGUUAUACCCUCUCCUCAACUAGAGAAUCUGGAGAUCAGGUCCCGCUACGUAUCCUACACUCACAGGAUUGUGGGUAACAUUGUGGUUGUGGCACCAAAACUCAGAAAUUUUACUUCUGUUGGUAUCUUUCAAAUCAUAUUUGGAGGUUCUAAGGUGGAUAAUGUGAAUAUAAGAUUGCGUGGUUGUUUUGAUGGCAUGAUCUAUCCAUUGUUAAAGGAAUAUUAUCAACAGUUAACAUUUAUGCUUCCAGGCUUUGCUAGUGCCAAGAUUCUUAAUCUUGAUCUCGAGACCUUGCAGGCACUUUCUUCCAUUGUGGACCGUCUUGAAAUUUCUCCGUCUCCAUUCCAUAACUUGGAGUAUGUGAAACUACCUUGUGGAUUUGUAGAAUUUGAAGAAAAACGUGUUGCUGAUAUCUUACGAAGAUACUUACUUGGUGGCUCUCCAACAGCAACUUAUGUCACUACAUCAUUCCAGAACAUGAUGCCUGCUACACCGGCAGCUUCUGUGACAGCUCAGAAUGUGGUGCUACAGGAGCCCUUGGCUGCUUCUACCAAGGUGUUGGUUGGUUCUAAAAAUAUAAAUAAAAAUGUAUGCAUUGACAAUGUUGACAUGGGGAUGCACGAAGAGCCCGUACUGCAGAAUUCUGCAGUAAAUGCUGACAACAAUGUUGACAUGGAAGUGCAAGAAGAGCCCGGGGUGCAGAAUUCUGCAGUAAAUGCUGAGAGGGUUGAACAAUUAAGUGGUCCAGUUGAAGGGACUGCCAUUGGCCGGGUGAGCUCUUCUGGGGGAGAUGGUGAUUUUGUGUUAUUGCAGGGGCAUGAAGUUAACUCUGAAUGACCGGGUGAGCUCUUCUAGAGAAGAUAGUGAUUUCGGGUGAUGGCAGAGACAUGGAGUUCUCCGAGUUUACAUGUCUACUCGAUAAUAUUAUGAAUAAGUACUGAAAAACCUUUGAACACUUUAUGAGCCCUUUUGAUUGAUCGUCAUAUUGAUGAUGCCAAAAGUAAGUUACAAGAUUCACAAACUCAUACUGAUAAUACCAUAACUAGUUGCUAGAACUACAGACUCUUCUUGCGAGGAAGAUGCAAGAGAUUCAAAAAGCUUUUAAAAGCUUUUGGAACUAUGCGCGCAAAGCUUAUAUUUGGCUACAUUAGAAAUGAUCGUCCAUUUUGACAAUAUUAUUUGUAAGGUUGAGACUUGUAUGGAUACCUUAGUAUCUUAUCUGUUAUUUGAUUUUGAUCCUUGUUCUUCAA